AAAACAGUAGAAAUCUUCUACACACAGCCUCAACAACAUACUUGGACUCUCUUGGAUGGACCUACGGACUGUGUGUCUGUCACCUUGAGCCAGGUGAAUGCAGCUGUUCUCUAGAAGUCCUCUCCGCGGCAGAUGUGUGGCACACAUCUGCACCCAGGGUGUGUAGCAGAAGCCCACAGAAUGGGUCUCAAGAUAUUCGUGCCUUUUAGUCCUUGCAUCUGGUUGUUAUUGCUCGUGGCCCUUGUAGGCUCUGAGGCAUCUUCUGAUUUGAAUGAAUCUGCAAGUUCCCCUGCUCAGCAUGCACCUAAGGCUUGGUUUGCUGCUUCCAGCUCGGUGCCAGAUGAAAGGAUAUCUGUUUUCGAACUGGAUUAUGAUUAUGUGCAAAUUCCUUAUGAGGUCACCCUCUGGAUACUCCUAGCAUCUCUUGCAAAAAUAGGCUUCCAUCUUUACCACCGGCUGCCGGGCCUCAUGCCUGAAAGCUGCCUGCUCAUCCUCGUGGGGGCCCUGGUGGGCAGCAUCAUCUUCGGCACCGACCACAAGUCGCCCCCCGUGAUGGACUCCAGCAUCUACUUCCUCUAUCUCCUCCCGCCCAUCGUGCUGGAGAGCGGUUACUUCAUGCCCACGCGGCCCUUCUUCGAGAACAUCGGCUCCAUCCUGUGGUGGGCAGGCCUGGGGGCCCUGGUCAACGCCUUGGGCAUCGGCCUGUCGCUCUACCUGGUGUGCCAGGUCAGCGCCUUCGGCCUCAGCGACAUCAGCCUGCUGGAGAACCUGCUCUUUGGCAGCCUCAUCUCCGCGGUGGACCCCGUGGCCGUGCUGGCCGUGUUCGAGGAGGCGCGAGUGAACGAGCAACUCUACAUGAUCAUCUUCGGGGAGGCCCUUCUCAAUGAUGGCAUCAGCGUGGUCUUAUACAAUAUAUUAAUUGCCUUCACAAAGAUGCAUAAAUUCGAAGACAUAGAACCUGUCGACAUUUUGGCUGGAUGUGCCCGAUUCAUCAUUGUGGGGUGUGGGGGAGUAUUUUUUGGCAUCAUUUUUGGAUUUAUUUCUGCGUUUAUCACACGUUUCACUCAGAAUAUCUCUGCAAUCGAACCGCUCAUCGUCUUCAUGUUCAGCUAUCUGUCUUACUUAGCUGCAGAAACACUCUAUCUCUCUGGCAUCCUGGCAAUCACAGCCUGUGCCGUGACAAUGAAAAAGUAUGUGGAAGAAAAUGUGUCCCAGACGUCCUACACGACCAUCAAGUACUUCAUGAAGAUGCUGAGCAGUGUCAGCGAGACCUUGAUCUUCAUCUUCAUGGGCGUGUCCACCAUUGGGAAGAACCAUGAGUGGAACUGGGCCUUCAUCUGCUUCACUCUGGUUUUCUGCCAGAUCUGGAGAGCCAUCAGCGUAUUUGCCCUCUUCUAUGUCAGUAACCAGUUUCGGACUUUCCCCUUCUCCAUCAAGGACCAGUGCAUAAUUUUCUACAGUGGUGUUCGAGGAGCUGGAAGUUUUUCACUAGCAUUUCUGCUUCCUCUGUCUCUUUUUCCUAGGAAGAAAUUAUUUGUCACUGCUACACUGGUAGUUAUAUAUUUUACUGCAUUCAUUCAGGGCAUCACAAUUGGUCCUCUGGUCAGAUACCUGGAUGUCAGAAAGACCAAUAAAAAAGAAUCCAUCAAUGAAGAGCUUCAUACCCGUCUGAUGGAUCACUUGAAGGCUGGAAUUGAAGAUGUGUGUGGGCACUGGAGCCACUACCAAGUGAGAGACAAGUUCAAAAAGUUUGAUCAUAGAUAUUUACGGAAAAUCCUAAUCCGAAAGAACCAGCCAAAAUCAAGCAUCGUUUCUUUGUACAAGAAGCUGGAAAUGAAACAAGCUAUUGAGAUGGUAGAGACUGGGAUUCUGAGUUCUACAGCUUUUUCCAUAUCCAAUCAGGCCCAGAGGAUACAAGGAAUUAAAAGACUUUCCCCUGAAGAUGUGGAGUCCAUGAGGGACAUUCUGACUCGCAACAUGUACCAAGUUCGACAAAGGACCCCAUCCUACAACAAAUACAACCUCAAACCCCAAACAAGCGAGAAGCAGGCUAAAGAGAUUCUCAUCCGACGUCAGAACACCUUGAGAGAAAGCAUGAGGAAAGGUCACAGCCUGCCCUGGGCAAAGCCGGCUGGCACCAAAAACAUCCGCUACCUCUCGGUUCCCUACAGCAACCUGCAGCCACCAGAGAGGGACACAAGAGCUCCUGAGUCCUCAGAUGACGAUGGGAGUGGCUCAGAAUUCCCACCCAUCACUUUCAGCGCACCCUCUGGGACAGGGAUGCUCCAGGAAAGGCGACGGACACAAGAAAGGAUCCCGAUGAGGAAUUUACACAGAGGAGGGAGGGCAUUGCACUUCGGUCACGAAGGGAACGGCAGCCAGGAAGAGCUCACGGGCAGAGGCAGGAGGGCAGUCUUAAGGCCCAGGCCUCUGUUCCAUGCCGUCGAUGAGGAAUAUGAAUCUGGAGAGGAGGCAGAGGGUCCGGCCUCAGCUGCUGGAUCCAGAUGGACAGCCGAGCCAGGACACAACCGGGGACACCACGAGUCCCAAAGUCCUUUGCUCCAAAGAAAAUAG